AUGAAGAGGCCCAGGAGCCCCGGGCUGCUGGAGAAUGUCCUCCCGCCGAAGGCCGAGGAAGAGGAGGAGGAUGAAGAAGAGGAGCGAGCUGCCCCGGGGCGGAGGCCUAAGCGGGAGAGGAGACAGAGCAGUGUGACUCUGUGUGAGGUGUGUAACAUCCAGCUUAAUUCAUUGGCCCAGGCCCAGAUCCACUACAACGGCAAGACUCACCAAAGAAGGCUUCGCCAGUUCAAUCUCGCCAAGGCCUCCAACCCGGGCAGUUUAACGGGCGCUGCCAACCCCCUCCUGGCCUCCCUAUCCCUCCCGGGACGGCCCCUCCAGACCCAGCUGGACAUCAAGCACUUCCUGCCGCUCCACGUCAACGCCUCCUCCCCCCUCAACCUCUUCCCCAACUUCAACAUGAUGGACCCGGUUCAGAAGGCGGUUAUCAACCACACGUUCGGUGUUGCACCGCCCAAGAGGAAACAGAUCAUCUCCUGCAACAUCUGUCACCUCCGCUUCAACUCCACCAACCAGGCUGAGGCUCACUACAAGGGCCACAAACACGCACGCAAGCUGAAAUCCAUGGACGCCCAGAGGAACCGUCAGAGGGGCCAGGGCUCCAUGGCAGGGAGGGAGAGAGACAGGGAGAGGGGGAAGACUGGAGUGGAAAAGUCCCUACCAGCACUGAUGGACCCCAGCCUCACAGAAGGAACAGGCCUGCUCUCGUCUCCCCAGCUCCCCACCAGACCGAAGCUGGAUGACACCCUCCAGGGGGUCUCCCCCACCCCUAUGCCCAUCUCGGAGACCUCUUCCCUGGACGUCUUGGCCCUCAUCUCCCCCCAGGUCUCUCCUGCUGUCUACCAGCUCUCAGAGCUCACGUCAGACGGUAGCCCUAUGGAGGGCCCCAGCCCGACCCCAGACUCCAAUCCGUCACUGGAGGGCCAGGGGGAGUCCCCAGGGGCACCAGGAGGAGAAGAGGAGACUAGGCAGCGCAAAAAGAGCCCCCCCACCAAGCAGCACCUCCACUGUCCCAUGUGCAAAAUCACAGUCAACUCCUCGUCCCAGCUAGAAGCCCACUAUAGCGGCUCCAAACACAAGCAGAUGCUGGAGGGCCAGGCGGGUGCUCAGGCGCGACGCAGAGGCAAGGUAAUGUCAUUGCCUAGGCCGACAUGCAGGAGCAAGCAGGCAAUCAGCAGCAAGGCCAGGGUGUCCCUGGCUAGCCAACCGUUCCACUGCGAGAUGUGCGAGGUGUCCGUCAACUCGGAGACGCAGCUCAAACAGCACAUGAGCAGCAGAAGACACAAAGAUCGGUUGUCAGGAAAGCCCCAGAAACCGAAGUUCAGCCCUUAUACUAAGAGCCAGCCAAACCCUGUUUUAGCGGUGAGUAGCGUGAGAUGGAGUGGUUUCCCGUUUGGGGGGGUGACCUCGGCCAUAGGGAAACUGGCAAGCCACUGCCACCUCAGCACUUACAGCCCUCAGACCAAACUGGCCCUGCAGAAGCAGCUGUCCAAGGCCCUGUCGGCAGGUUUCCUGGCCAGCCACAUGAACCCGGCCACCCUUUGCACCAUGGCCUCCAAUCCUCUGACCCUGCGGGGCCCCCCGGGGCCAGGCCACACACCCCUCAUCCAGACCCCCCUGCUCAGCCCCGCACUCUUCAGGCCCGCCCCGGGGCCACUGAGGGCCACUCACAGGCCCAUCAUCUUCUCUCCGUACUAG